UCCUGUGGUAGUCUGAGGUAAGGAAGAAUUACUUUGGACGAAGUCGUUUGUUGACUCAGUUUGUCUUCAAAUCUGUUCGCUUCUUCUCGCUUGCUCGAUGCCUGUCCAAGAAAUAAUGUCGGGACGGUCAAAUAUUGGCCUUAGUACAGCGAUUUGUGCUGUUUGUCAUGAAGGAUUUGGCGUAGACGAGCGAAUGGUCAACUCAAAUGGACAAAUCCUUCACGAAAGAUGCUUCGUUUGUGUUCAGUGUUUUCAGCCAUUUCCUGAUGGUUUAUUCUAUGAGUAUGAUGGAAGACGUUUCUGUGAGCAUGAUUUUCAGACCCUCUUUGCCCCAUGCUGCAAGCAGUGCCGUAAGUUUGUGAUUGGUCGUGUGAUCAAGGCCAUGCAAGCCAAUUGGCAUCCAAAUUGUUUUCUAUGUGAAAUAUGUGGUGCUGGUCUUGCUGACUCUGGUUUUGUAAAGAAUGCCGGAAGGGCAUUGUGCAAGAAGUGUAAUGCUGAUGAGAAGACUAAGAAAACUGGUCGGUAUGUGUGCAGGAAAUGCCACACUUAUAUCCCCGAGGGAGAACAUAUAAUGUACAUGGGGGAGCCUGUUCAUCCUUGGCAUUACAACUGCUUCUGUUGUGGCAAGGAACUUGAUCAUCUUUGCCGUAAGAAAGAUACUGAAUUGUACUGCCUUCGUUGCCAUGACAUGAUGGGAACGCCUAUUUGUGGAGCAUGCAGACGUCCUGUUGAAGAUCGUGUGGUUCAUGCUCUUGGAAAAGCCUGGCAUGUCGAGCAUUUCGUGUGCGCAAAAUGCGAAAAACCAUUCUAUGGUCACCGUUACUACGAGCGCAAAGGUCUGGCGUACUGUGAAACACACUUCAAUGAGUUGUACGGUGACAUCUGUUUUGAAUGCAACAAAGCUAUCAGUGGUGAUGUUGUGAAUGCCCUGAACAAGUGCUGGUGUGUGCAGCAUUUUACCUGCAUUGGGUGCAGCAUACCGCUCACUUUAAAGAGUAAAUUUCACGAGUUUGACAAUCAGCCGCUCUGCAAGAAAUGUUACGAGAAAAUGCCUAUGGAAUUGAAAAAGAGGUUGAAGAGAGCAGAACAGCAAACCAGUCCCACCAAGAGAGCUUAAAAUUCUUGCAUAUAUAAUAAAUUUAUAAAUCUGUAUUUUGUUAUUUCUAUAAGUAUUUUUAUACCAACUAUGUAAUAGAAUUUGAAUUAAGAAUAGUAACAGAGUGCUUGUACCUUUUCUUGACAACCAAUAAAUGAGUGGUUGUGUAAUCAGCAGUGAAAAAUCAUUAAUAAUUGAUUAAAUAGA